GCUGGACGGACCUCUGUUUCAAUCCUCGAAUUUAUUCCCACGACCCCCAACAACCCGCGACAAGGAAAGGCAGCACCAGCAGCACAGCCCGCUACCCGUCGCUCGUCUGCAAAAAUGGCUGCUAUCAACAAGAUCGCCCUCAACUCGCCCUCGAGGCAGAACCCCUCCGAGCUGGAGAACGCGAUCGCUGGCGCUCUCUUCGACUUGGAGAGCAACACACAGGACCUGAAGGCCACCCUUCGUCCUCUGCAGUUCGUCUCUGCCCGUGAGGUUGAGGUCGGCCAUGGCAAGAAGGCUGUCAUCAUCUUCGUCCCUGUCCCUCUCCUCCAGGGAUUCCACAAGAUCCAGCAACGCCUGACUCGUGAGCUCGAGAAGAAGUUCUCCGACCGCCACGUCCUCUUCGUUGCUCAGCGCCGCAUCCUGCCCAAGCCCAAGCGCUCUGUCAACUCCCGCACCAACCAGAAGCAGAAGCGUCCUCGUUCCCGCACUCUGACCGCUGUCCACGACUCUAUCCUUACCGACCUGGUUUACCCCGUUGAGAUCGUUGGCAAGCGCAUCCGUACCAAGGAGGAUGGCAGCAAGACCCUCAAGGUCAUCCUGGAUGAGAAGGAGCGUGGUGGUGUUGACCACCGUCUCGAUGCCUACGGCGAAGUUUACCGCCGUUUGACCGGCCGCAACGUCGUCUUCGAGUUCCCCCAGAGCAGCGCCUCUGACUUCUAGAUGCACUUUUUCUCCCUUAUGUCCUUUUAAAGUCUUCGAUAUUUUUUUCCUGUGAUUAGGUCAAUGAGAGAAAAAUAAGUCUGGGAUUCGAAACAGCGGGCUUACCUGUUUUUCUUUCUUGAAGUAGGCAAGAAAAAAGCAUUUGGGACGAGGAGGAACUGCAAGUCUUGUGUGCAUUCCAUUAGCAUACGUUCCAUGGCUGUGCGGUGGGUAGCUUCAUGAUCUGGUCCUUCGGGUUUUAGGGUUCUCUGAAUGAAAAAGGAUGUGAUGUGAUAAUAUCAUUCAUGGUCUUUUGGUCCGGGCUUUUCCUUUUGUUCGGCGUGGUUGAAAACAAAAAAUAACCUUUUCCCUUUUUUUCCACCUCGUUUAUAUCUUCCUCUUUGUCCGUGGUUUAGGUUCUUCGUUCCCCGUAGAUUUUAUGUACUAGUAGAUGUCAAUGAUGCCCCCUAUCGCCGCGCACGUGGUCAAGAUCUCUCGUUCGGGAUAAGCUUAUGCUUAGCAGUAUUUAGUCUCUUCACUACAUACUAUCUCCGCAAAGAACA